AAUGCAAAUAAGAUAAGUGUAAUUUUUAAAAAAAUUGGUCAAAAAUUCAAGUUUAAGGUGAUAUAUAAAGGUAGAAUUUUGAUUUAGUUUCUGUAUUUUGUUGCUGCUGCAAUGGUGAGCAAACAAGUGUGGCUCAUAAGCAUUGUGUUGUCAACAAGUUUUGCGACAACAAUCAAUGUAUCCAAAUUUCCAAAAGAUUUUAUGUUUGGUACGUCAACAGCAUCCUAUCAAAUCGAAGGAGCAUGGAACGAAGAUGGUAAAGGAGAAAAUAUUUGGGACAGAGUAAUUCACAGGGUGCCAUCACCAGUUAUCGAUAACUCAACCGCAGAUAUAGCUUGCGACUCUUAUCACAAAUAUAAAGAAGAUGUGGCUAUGCUUAAGCAUUUGGGAGUCACCCAUUAUAGAUUUUCGUUGUCUUGGUCCAGAAUUUUACCGACAGGUUUUAAUAACAAAAUCAACCCACUUGGAAUCGCUUAUUACAAAAACCUCAUCAAGGAACUUAGAGCCAACAAUAUCGAGUCUUUAGUAACUAUAUUCCAUUGGGAUACACCCCAACCAUUGGAAAACUUGGGUGGAUGGACCAACGAGCUAAUAGUUGAUAGAUUUGUAGAUUACGCCAAAGUGGUAUUUGAAAAUUUCGGUGAUGACGUUAAAUAUUGGUUGACAUUCAACGAACCGAAGCAAACCUGCAACGGAGGUUACGGUAACAUGCAAAGAGCCCCUCUUGUUGAUUCAUCUGGUAUUGGGGAAUACCUUUGUACCCAUAACGUCCUCAAAGCUCAUGCGAAAACGUGGCAUUUGUAUGACAAACACUUUCGUAGUACACAAAAAGGAAAAGUUGGGAUAACUAUAGAUACCGCUUGGUUAGAGCCAGACACUAACAGUACCAGAGACGUAGAUGCUGCAGAACGAGGACAGCAGUUUGUUCAUGGAUGGUAUACCAGACCGUUAACUUUGGGUGACUAUCCAGAACUGAUGAAGAAAACAAUCGCAAAAAGAAGCUCACUUCAAGGCUUCAGCCAAUCGCGUCUUCCACAAUUCACUAAAGACGAAAUCGAGUACUUAAAAGGUACCCUUGACUAUUUGGGGCUGAAUUAUUAUACCACGUUUAUGGCACGAGAUUCUGAUGAUGAAAAAAUAGACGAUAUUUCUUUUGAAGCAGAUGCACAAAUAAGCGCUUAUCAAAAAGACGAAUGGCCGAAAUCUGCCACACCAUGGUUAAGGGUUGUUCCUUGGGGACUAAGAAAAACAUUGAACUGGAUCAAGAACAUAUAUGGCGAUAUACCAAUAUUAAUAACGGAAAAUGGGGUAUCAGACAACGCUUCUUCUUUAGAAGAUGAUACAAGGGUUGACUAUUAUCAGCAACACUUGAGUAGUUUGAAAGAUGCUAUGGAUGAUGGAGUAAAUGUUUUCGGUUUCACAGCUUGGAGUUUGAUGGACAAUUUUGAAUGGUUACAGGGCUACACGGAACACUUUGGGCUGUACCGUGUAGAUUUUUCAAGCCCAAAUCGAACAAGAACUCCAAAGAAAUCUGCAAAAUACUUCAAAAAUGUGAUACAAUACAGAUGUGUUUUAGGAAACUCUACAUGUGAUAAAUAAAUUAAAUUCGAGAUGA